UUGAAACCGGAAGUGAUCUUUGAAUAUAAACAAAAUGUCGACGCUAAGAAAUCAAAUACGAGAGGACCACUUAACUUGUGCAAUUUGUUUUAACAACUUUAUAAAACCUAAAGCUUUGCCUUGUUUACACACAUAUUGUGAGAACUGCCUUCGUGACUACGUUGUAAGUCGUGGAUAUGAAAGCCUAGGACAUUUUCCUUGCCCGACGUGUAGAUCACAAACAAAAAUGCCAGACUCCGGGGUGGAUGGUUUUCCGAAUAAUCAUCUCAUGUCUUCUUUGUCUGACACAGUUGAAAAUAUCACCCCAUCUCGACCUGUACCUAAACCCCGUAGAUCUCUUGGUUUAAAUGAACCAAGUAAGUUAUCUGGUGUUCCGGAAAAGAGUUUUUCGGAUGUUAACGACGAAGUCGAAUAUAAUCAUUAUCAAGUAGACCAUCUGGACAUAUCACCUCCUCCCUCCUAUUCAAGUGUGGCAGACACACAUCCCAAUAUCAGUGAUGGGGCCACUAAUAGUAUACCUAAAACCUGCGCCAGUGACACAGAACCUGACUGGAUGGUUGUUUCGAGGCCAUCUCCAUCAGGAUGUUUAAAAGAGAAACCUGAAUCUACAGAAUUUUGUAUGGUUUCUGCAGUAGUAACUGAAGAAAUGACUAGUCCUAGCUGGUCUAUAAGUUCAAACUCAGAUGAAAACUUGGGUUCGUAUAGUAAUAAGCAGCAUCCUAACCAACCACCAGCAUAUUAUCCUAGGGAUAAUGUGUACCCAACCAUCCCAGGCACACAGUCAAGGCAUGAUAUGCUCCCUUCAGUAUCUCCUCCCCCUCCUAUUGGAUGGAAUUUGAAUGUCAUUGAUGGAGCAAGAAAUCCUGAGAAUCAUGAUGUAAGAACAUCACCACAUUCUCCAGACAGAAGGCCAAGGCCUAAUAACCAUCCUCCACAGAUUUAUCCAGCAGUACCUGGGCAUAUUGAACAGUUCAGUACGGCUUGUACAGAAAAUCUCUUUUUAAGGUUCGGCAAGCAGGGCUCCACUGUUAGAGACUUUUUAAAACCUAUCGGAAUAGCAGUCAGCAAAGAAGGGAACUAUGUCGUCUCUGACAAUGCCGGAGACCAGAACAGAAUUUUUAUAUUCAAUAGCGGCGGAGAACUUAUAACUGCUUUCAAGUGUGGUUGUAAAGUCAAAGACAUUACAAUGAGCAGAAAGAAUGAAAUUUUAGCCGCUGUCCAUAAAAAUAUUGCUGCGAUUCGCCACUUUACUAUGGCUGGACAAUGUAAAGGAGAAUAUGGGAAAUUCUUCACAUUUGAAGAGCCCUGUGGUAUCGCUGAGUUGAGCAAUGGGGGAGUUGUGAUAACGGGUACACAAAAUCAUUGUGUUUAUAUUCUAACUGAACAGAUGAAGCUAGCUACACAGUUUGGAAGGAAAGGAAACGGGGACGGAUAUUUUCAGUAUCCUGGGUUUGUUGCUGUUGACUCUAAGGAUCAUAUCAUUGUCUCUGACAAAAUUAAUCACUCUAUUCAAGUCUUUGGAACUGAUGGAAAGUUUAAAAUUCGUUUUGGAAUUAAAGGAACUAGUCAUGGGAAUUUGCAGACGCCGAUGGGUUUAUGUGUGGAUGAUGUAGAUAACAUCAUCAUAGCAGACAGUGAUAACUACAGGGUGGAGGUGUUCUCUCCUAAAGGCAGGUGGCUUUCUACAGUGGUGAAAAACACCCACGAGCUGGGGGAGGCUGUCAAGCCAGUCAAUGUCGCGGUCACGCCUACAGGGAAAGUGGCAGUUUUACUCAGAGGGCCGUAUUUUGCUGAGGUGCGGAUUUAUUCAUCCAACCACAAGCAGCAGAGUGACCAACGUGAAGGACUAAGAAAAAAACGAAGAUAGUGUGGAUAUACCAAGAUUGUAGAACCCAGUGAAACACAAGACACUACAAGUAGACUCAACCUACUAUUUUACAUAAUAGAAUACUAUUAGUAUUCUCACAAUGUUUUUGUACAUAAAGUAGAACACCAUUAAUGAUGUUUUUUUUCACAUAUUUACAGUCUCUUUCAAUGUAUACUGUAUAUGCAGGCACUGACUACCAGAUCUUACUAAAAAAUUUUAAGAAAUUAAGAAGGUACAUUGUGUCAUGAUAUGCCAGCAAAUUCAGUAAUAAAAUAGUUCUAAUGAUGGUAGUGUAGUAACUGGUUACUAGUGAGUUGUGUAGUGUGUUACAAAUAUUGCAUGCGGUUUCACAAUAUAUGUUGAAUAGUUCUGUCAUAAUAAAAUAACAAAGCAUGUCUGGUUAUUUAUAUAAUAAAAUACAUUUUGUUUACUGACAAUUACAUUAACUUAGGUUUGAUGAUUAUCCCUGCAGAGUCUAAUACCCACCCAUUCUAUUAUCAAGCAUAAUCCCCUCCUGUUUUAUCACUGACAGAUUUUAUGCCCUCUCUCUGCCCUACACCAGAUAGGAUAAAACACCCCCCCCCCCCGAUCUAUCAAGCUCUGUUAUGGGAGUUCUUCGCCUGCAUCAUGUACAUUCUUAAUUCUCAGAUUUAUACAAAGCUUAGAGGCAUUUUUUAAAUUUAAAAAAGAUGCUCGCUGCUUUUUUAUUCUAAUAGAAUAUUUCAUGAGCAUAAUUAUAAUAAAAACUGUCUUUUUAAUUCUAAGUCAGUAUACAGUAUGCUAUUUCUAUUUUAAAUCAAAAUUUACUAAUAAAGCAAUAUUUCACAAUAAUAAUUACUCUCUUUUGUACAGUUACUAAUCAAUAUCACUAUUUGCCUGUGGUUAACAAAGGAUUCUGUUAAUACAUUUCUUUAAAUGAUUAUUUAAAGUUUUGAAAAAGACAAUUCUUCUGUGAUCAACAUUGUAAUACUCCAUUACUUUACUCUUUUUUUUCCAUCCCAUUUUUCAGUCGCCACCCCGCUUCCUAGGUCCAUGCUGGUAACAGCUGAUGCUUGUUAGAUGAGUGUAAUGCAGAGAGUAAAAAUGUUUAACUCGCAAUUAAACUUUUGGUAUAGUAAUGAUGUUAAAUAAUGAUGCUAAAACAAGUACUACGCAGUAACAUUUCUUCAUAAUGCCAUUUUAUUUUACAUUUGAUAAUGUGAAAACUUGUUAAACUUUAUAAAUUUAAUUGAUAAUUAAAACUGAAAGGGCAUAUAGUUGUUCAAAGAACACAACUUCAAAACAAAAUUUUUAUUUUAAAAGGGACAUGAUAUAUUUUUUUCAGAAUGUACACAUUCUUAAGUUUUGUUUAAUGCUUAAUUGGUGAUGUGAUAUUUCUGUAAAUACUUUAACUUAAGACAAUUCAUACGCAAUCUGGGAUUGGCUUUUUACAUUGGUGCCUUGAAGCAAUGGUUAUUACUAUUGUAAUAGAAAAAUAAUGUUGCUAACAAUAUUUAGUUAUGAACAAAUAUGGAAGCUAAGAAUUCUGUGUAAUAAUAUUAAGGAAUACCAUCAUUUUUAUCAAACACUAGAAUCCAUGACUUUUUUUUUUGCAAAGAAAAUAUUUUUCUUUAAAUGUGCUAGUAUUUGAUUAAAAAACUUUUUAAAAGUACAAUUAAGGAAUCUGUUUUUGUGGUGUAUUUUGUUUAAUAUCAGUGCAUGAGUGCCCGGCUGGCCUACCUUUUCAAAUGUCAUUGUCUCCACUAUUGUGUUCGUGUGGUUUAUUUUAUUUCUGUAAUCAAUAAAAAAGUGUAAUGUGUUUUUCAAUAAGUGCAGAUAAAUUCAUACAAAAAAUGUAAUAUCGUUUAAGACUUCAGCUGUUACUUACAUAAAAUACAGCAUAUAAUGAUACUUCCUCAGAAAAAUAUUAAAUGAUAUUUGUUUUCA